AUCAAUCAGACAGACUCUGGAUCAGUCAGAUCUACAGGGGAAUGUGAUACAGAAGAUAAAACCAGUGGUGGAUAUGGUUACCACACAGUCACACAGGACAGGGAUCUAAUCUUUACAGAGAGAAACAAGAACGUCAUCAAUAGGAUAACACCGGAUAAUAACAUCACUGAAUUCAUUAAAACUGGAGACUGGACACCAUACAGCAUACACUCCUCCCACAUCAACGAGGACUUACUGGUGGGGAUGAUGUUUAGAGUCACCAGGUACAACAAGACAGGAAAAGAACUACAGAACAUACAGAGGGAUAACAAAAGACAGGAACUGUAUAAAUAUCCAAAGUACAUCACUGAAAACAUCAAUGGAGAUAUCUGUACAUCAGACUAUAAUAAAGAUGCAGUAGUGAUGGUGAAUAAAUCAGGACAACACAGGUUCUCCUACAAAGGUCAGGAGUCAGGGUUAGAUCCCUAUGGAAUCUGUACUGAUGUCCUCGGUCACAUCCUGGUGUGUGUCAGUAACGCUGUUCACCUCCUUGAUCAGGACGGUCAGUUCUUGUCUCUAUUACUCACAGAACAAGAGGUAUACCAUCCCCGUAGUGUGUGUGUGGAUACUGAGAACAAUCUCUAUGUGGGACAAUAUGACACCAACACACUGACAGUGCACAAGUAUUUACAGUGA